AGCAAUUCGUACAGAAUGCCCCCAUCAGCCAUUCCCCCAUUCCUCCUUCCCCGAGGUGUUCCCUCAGCACGAGCAAUCCUAUUCCUGUCCCGGUCCUCCCGCAUCGGCAGGCUCCCACCGACGCACCGCUGCGCAUCAACAAAUUCCUCAAGUGACAACAGCCAAAAUCCGCGCGUCCUCGCGCAACCAGAUAAAUUUCGCCCGCCCUCACAUCCUGCGCGCCGCGUCGUUCCAACACGCAAUGGUAAAGUCGUUAACUACCCCGGUCCCAAGUUCUCUGAGAAAGAAGAGGCGGAGCGGGCAAAAAAGAAGUACCCGAAUAUGUUCCCGCCCGAGGGGACGGUCAUGUUUCGGUUUUUGACGAGUCGGUGGAUUCAUGUCUGGAUUGCUUUUGGUGUGUUAACAUCUCUUGCAACAUUUACGUUCACCACAAACUUCAAAGCAACUAGUCCCUUCGCGCACCUUCUUCCGCCCUGGUCGGCACUACUGAGUCACCCGAUUGAUACUAUCUCUCAAGCGCUCUCGGUGUUUCGGAUGCAUGUGCAACAUACCUCUGUGGAGACGCGGGAGAAGCGGAUGAGGGCCGUGGAAGACGCGGAGAAGAGGAGGCAGUUCCGGAUUGCCCAUGGGCUGGAGGAGCCAAGUGAGCAGGAUCUUGCGAAGGAGGAGACGCGGGCAGAGCAGGUGGAUGAUCAGUCACCUAUUGCUCCUGAAGCUCGCGAUGGUGCGGGUGCCGGGGAGUACGUGGAUUGGGAGGGGAAGAGGAGGCCCAUCAAGAAGUGGUUGGGGAUUUGGUAG